CUGUGUCUUCUCUUCCGCAGACUCGGAGCUCUUUCACACAGACAGCAGGAUGGAGCAGAUGCUCGGCCGCCCCAGCGCUCCGCUCGGUCCGGUUCUGCACGUGUGUUUCCCCAGCGUCCGCGCGUCCGUUCUGGAGAACCUCAACCGGCAGCGCGAGGAGGGUCAGUUAUGCGACCUGUCCAUCCAGGUGCAGGGUCAGGUGUUCCGUGCACACCGCUGUGUGCUGGCCGCUUCGUCUCCCUACUUUCAUGACCAGGUUCUGUUGAAGAACGUAACCACGGUUUCUCUUCCCUCUGUGAUGGAUCCUUUGGCAUUCGAGAGCGUCUUAACCUCCGUGUACACGGGACAGCUCAGCAUCGUACGCGACGAUAUAGUCAACUACGUCACCGUUGCCAGUUUCCUUCAGAUGUGGCACAUCGUGGAUAAGUGUACAGACAUCCUUAAGAGGUCACGACCUUUAGCCCAGCUCAGCCCAGGCGGGACGACCUCCUCGAGCCACCAGUCGCCCAGCAGCUCGGACUGCUGUUUUGCGGAAGAGCAGGACCGAGGUGCGGGAGAGCAAAGCGUGACCCUGGAGAAGAGGGAGCACGGCGCGUUACCUCCUCUGGCCACCUGGAGGCGUCCGCAGCAGCAGCAGCAGGGCAGGUGGGCCAGAAGCAGCGUCUCCAUCCCCCUCAAAGCGGAGUCGCCCCGGCCCGACUGCCACCCCACAGGAGGAGAUCACAGCUGCUCCGUCCUUCCUCUGACGCACAACGAGGAAAAUGAAGCGGACUCCGGCGCGCGCAACAGGUUCCGAACGCGCCUCCAAAGAGGCCGAGAGGACGAGGAGCACAGGAGGAGAGGGGAGAGGUGGAUGGAGGCGGACGAAGGGGUGGGAGAGCUCUCGGAAGAGGAGAAAGUGAGAGUGAAGUGUGAGGAGCAUCAGGCCGGGGGACGUCUCAGAGAGAGGGAGUGCGGAGGGAGCGAAGCGUGCCAUCCAUCUCAAACGGAUCCGCCCCCUCAGUGGCACGGCGAUGCCGAGUGGCCGCCGGGUUUGUGCGCUCGGUCAGACGGCAAGAAAGACUCCGCCGACGAAGACGGAAUAGACAUCGGCCGAUUCGCCGACGGGGAGUUCCAGACAUACGAUGAGAUUCAGGAGGCCACGGGGCAAGUUUCCCAGCGUCCUUUGCUCCCCGUGCCCCCCGACGAGUUUGUGCCGGGACCCUCCGAUCUCUCUUGGCCCCAGACCGUCUCGCCGGUGUCACAGUCCUCCUCCGUUCCGCCCUCUUCCCCUCCUCUGCUCACUUCCCCCUCGUCUCCUCUCUCUGGGACGUCCUACGCGGGUAAAGUUCACUACUGCCACUGCGGUAAAGCCUACACGCUGAAGAGUAUGCGCGACCGCCACGUCAAGAUGCAGCACCUGAAUCUCCGUCCGUUCGCCUGUCCCGUGUGCUCCAAGAGCUUUAAAAUGAAGCACCACCUGACCAAACAUGUCAAGACUCACGGAAGCCUGCGACCGUACGAGUGCGUCUUCUGCGGCAAGAAGAUCGUCUGGAGGGACAGUUUCUUGAAACACCAGGCUCGCUGUCAGCGUCUCUCCGCCGCCUCGUCGGCCUCCAUCACCGUGGAGGUGAGCUGUGAGCGGGAGGACGAGUUUCCGUCUGAUGACGGGCCGGGACAAGUGAAGAAGGAGAAAACAGCAGAAUAUUAAACGGACUUUCAACAUCACCCGUCACUUCCCCAGAUGUCACUAUAACACCAUUAUAUGUAGCAGUGCCGUGCUGUUUUAAACACACACAUAGAGGUCAUUAUUCAAAAUUGACUUGAAACAUUUAUCUGUGUGAAAGACACGCGCGGAAGGCUCGGACACGUUUAAAGUCGCUUUCACACGGACCUGCCAAAUCAUGUCACAUUAAUCUUGAUCCUCAUUAGAAUGUGUUUUCAUUCACUUUUGUGUAAGUGUAAAGUGUUGUUUUUGUUGACUUUUGUGAGUGUAAAGUGGGUUCUGUUCUUCGAGUUAUUGAAUCAUUUUCCUCACUUUGUGAAUAAGCGUGUUCAAAUCACUCAACCAUAUACACAUGUGAGUGACCAACACAGCACACAUGACACAUGAAAAUUCUGAUUCACACACAUCUAGUGCCAACAGGUGAAGCUGAUGCUCUUUUCUAAAUGGAUGAUUAAACCCUAAACAUACAUAGAAACAAAUGUAUAGCAUAAUGCAAUGUGAGUUGCUUUGAAUAAAAGGUCUGCCGAAUGCAUUAAUGUAAAUGAAUACAUGAUCAGUUCAGAUCAACUGUGCUGUAUUGUCAGAAUCCCAGUCUCUCAGACCUAUUUUGUGUGUUGUGUGAUGUCUGGAUGAAGUCACAUGUGUUUGUUGUGUAGUUCAGUGAUCAGAUUCAACACUCUUCUGCACCUGUGUGUUUGUCCUCAAAUAAAUAAACAUCCUUUCACUUUCA